CGACAACAUAAACGUAUAAGCAUAAAUGCACUAUACCAUAGCUUUUAGCGACAAUGAGAACAACAUCGACAACGACAACGACAAUGACAAUGGCAGGACGACACCAGAGUCGGAGUUGAAUGAGCUUUCGGAUGGAGAGUACGAAAGGGAACGGUUGGAGAAUAUCAAACACCGAGAUGCACUUUUAUCUUCCCUUGGACUCGAUGUUCCGAAGAAGCCGCAUCACCUUUAUCCGCAGCAGCAGCAACAGCAGCCACAGAUGGAGGGCUCGGCUGGGCAAUUAGCAGAGAAGACUCGGAUGUCGAGGGAGGAUGCGAAAAAGAGAAAAGUCGCGAAAGAGCGGGAGAAAGAGUUGAGGAGGGUGGAACCUGUGAGGAAGAGUCGAAGGGUAGCGGAACGUGCAGGGAAGGAUAAGGAUGGUAAGGGUACAGGUGACGAUGAUGAUCAAAACCCGCUCUCCUCUUCCCGCAAGCCCUCAAACUCAAUUAACAGAUAUAUGGACCCCCUCCCAAAAGCCACUCGUCCAACCCUCCCACCCGGACCAGAAUACUCUUCCGGACAGAUUGAGAAUGAGAAACAGCCUAGACCCCUCAAGGGGGAUGGUGGGAGGUUAGUUUUCGAAGGAAGGUGGCGAGGGGUUUUCACACCGAAUGUGACGCCGGAGGAGAUGUUUGGUGGAGGAGCGUUUGGAGGCAGUUUUUUCAGGGAUACAUACUCCGGCCUCUUGCGGACCCCGCUCUCAUCCGACGCCGCCCUCGCUUCCCUCCCCUUCCCCCCUCCUUUUCCUGGCUCCGAUAUCAACACGAUCGCCCCCAACCUCCUGACCUCUCGUAUUCCCAAACCUUCUGUCAACCGCUUCCAGGUCCUAGCAGGCCAGAGUCUUGAAGAAUGGGAAAAGGCGGGUUGGAUAUGGCCGGGUGAUCCAAGAGGAUGGGCAGAGUGGUAUGUGAGGUUUUGGGAUGGGAGGAGGUGUGAGGAUGAUGAGCGGCAGGUUAGACGAUGGCUCAAUGUCGCAGGCCCCACGGGCAGAUUCAAACGCGCCCUCCUCAAGAAAAUCCAAAAAGCAGGCGGGCAAGUUGCGGUGGGGGACGAAGAUGUAGGGAGGGUGUUGAGGCAGUGUCUUUGGCAAUGGGGGUAUGAGUUGACAGAGAGGGAGUAUGAGGAGGCAAUGGGAGGUCCAUGAGGGGCCGGCGAAAGUUUUGAGGGGGUCGAAUGGAGGGUGUGUGUAUAAGGUAUUUGGGGAAAAUAGAAGGAUUAUCUGCGAGGUGCAAAGGAUGAAUAUGAGGCCGGAGGUUCACGCGGAGUUUAGACCCUUUGGUUAUCGAGCGAGCUCAUUUUCUCCUUUCCCAGUCAUCUUCUAUUGCCCAUUGCGAAUACUCCUUAUAUGCCUUCCUUCCUCCUCGGUGAUUGAAAUCAUCACUUAUGAGAGUAGGCACGACACAGGAAACGGUCGGUCCAAAAUGCAUCCUAAUAACUAUAUCAGUGGCAUAUUUUAUAUAUU